AGUUUACAGCUGAAAGUCAUUGAGUGAGGUAUACCGUUUUAGUGAUUUAAUAGGCAAUUUAUGACUGUGAAUCGCAGUGAAAGGUAUAGUUUCUGAAUAAUUGGAGAGACUGAGAUGACCACAGGAUAAUGUACGUGGUCGAGGGUGUUUUUAUGCGAAGAGAAUCUGAGCAGUUGGCUAGCAAAUACAAUGCCACAGGAUUGCAAUCUGAACCAUGGGAUGAGAGAAAGUGGGAAUUGAGAGCUUUCAAAAACACCUGCAAAAAUCUCUGCCUCGAAGGAGUCUACAACACCUACAUGCUUCGCCUUCAGAGGAGUUACUUGUCAAUUUUCUUAGUAAUUGCAACUUUCUUUGGACUCCUACAUACGAUAAUUCUCGUAGGACAAGCCACACAAACAGACGCAUCAAUCACCGUUGAAGUCUUCGCUUACCUAAUGACGAUUCUCAUCGUAUGGCUGUCUCUUUUCGUAACUUUUCGAGAAGAGCAAGUGAAGAAGCGUCCUUGGCUACCAUUUGCCGCCUCAUGUUCAGCCCUGUUUAUCCUGAUAGUAGCUGACCUUACCGUUCCCCUUUACCAUGCAAUUGUGACCUUUCCCCAACCACCACUAAGACCAGCCUAUGCUUGCCAUAUUCUUCUCAGCAUCUACAUUUUCUUUCCGUUGAUGAACAAUUGGCAUACGAUGCUCCUUGGUUUAGCCACAACUAUCGCCUAUCUUACAGAACUGACCAUGAUCACCUACAGAUUGGAUGAGUAUCGCAAUUUGAAGGUAGUUUCUGAGGCACUGUUCUUAUUGGGAAUUAAUCUACUGGGCUUAUAUUAUCGUCUCACCUUUGAGAUUACAAUAAGACGAACCCUGCUAGAUCGUAGGCAAUGCGUUGAAGGAAACUUAGUCCUAAAAUUCCAGCGGGAACAAGAGAGGAACUUGUUGCUUAGCAUUUUACCAGAACACACCGCUGAUGCUCUUGAGAAAGAUAUCAGUCAUAUGAUCAGGAGAAUUCGCAAUGAGAGAAAUAACUCCAGCGAAAACGGAAAAAGUACAGCUAUUAUGGCAUUCUGGCGUGGACAUGAAAUAAGCAGCUCCUACGGGUCCUAUUAUGCAGAAACUCAUGAUGAUGUCACCAUCCUAUAUUCAGAUGUAGUAAACUAUACCAAAAUGACCACAAAGCUGAAGGUAAAGCCCUUGGUUGAAACUCUUCAUGAGCUUUUUGUCAAGUUUGAUCAAGCUUCCGAAGAGAAUGGAGUCCUGCGGAUAAAGUUUCUCGGAGAUUGCUAUUAUUGUGUAGCUGGUGUUCCAGCCAAAAAUGCAAAUCACGCAAAAAGUUGCAUUGACUUAGGUCUCAGAAUGAUCAAGGACAUACAGGAAGUACGACAGAAGAGAGAUCUGGAUAUCAAUAUGAGGAUUGGAAUACACUCAGGAUCUAUUAUAUCAGGGCUAAUAGGGGCAUGUAAGUGGCAAUAUGAUAUUUGGUCAAGAGACGUAGUUAUUGCUAACAGAAUGGAGUCUACGGGUGAACCAGGGAAGCUACACAUUUCACAGCAAACCCUUAAUCUAUUGAGAGGAAACUAUGUGUUUACCGAAGGAACGGAGAAAGCAAAGAAUGAUCCCAUAUUGAAUGAGCAUAACAUUAAGACAUUCCUAAUAACACCUCCUAUGACUCCAGAAUCAAUUGUAAGUAAUCCUUUGGAUGACUCUACAAGGAGACAAUCUAGGAUGGGAAGUGGUGUUCAGAGACUACUCAAUCGUACAACUAUCACACUUCCUGCAAGAACAUCUGAACUGACAUCAGUGAAAAACUUUAUGCAGGAUUCCAUUGAGCAUUUUAGACAGAUCAUGCGACAGAUUAACGUCGAGAUGACUAGAGAACUUAAUCUGAUGCCUAUAGGGAAGUUUCAUUUCAAUAAAAUCUUCUCUGGCUCCAAAGGACGACGUCAGACGGAGAUUGAUCUUGAAAAGAAUCAACUAACAAGUCUCUCAAUGAUCUUCCUUUGCUUCAAGGAUCGUCGCGAUGAGUGGCCUUUUCUCAAUGAGACAGAUCACUUGCUAAAAUACAGUAUUUUAGCGGUUUUCGUGAUCUACAUACUGGUUUUUGCCAUUCAGACUCUUAAUCAACCCUACGGAUUGAAAUUUUCAUAUGCAACUCUUAUUGGAGCAAUUGUCCUUUUGGUAUUUGUUCCCUUUGCUUGGUUCAAAAAACUCUGGUUAAUUCUAACCCCCGAAACGGAUGAGGACGUACCAGCUGCGCCUGUUCCCAAAUGGAAAAUCACUAGAAACAUUUUUAGAUUUUCUAAUUGGAUACCACGGAAUGCAGUAGCCAGAACAAUGAUCUACAUCGUUAGCAUAAGUCUGUUGACAAUGCUAUCCUUCAUCCAUUUGACCAGAGUCAGGGAAACGACACUGGAGAUGGACAAACAAAUCCUAAAUACGAGUGAUAUCAGUACCAAUCUCAUUCCUUCUAAGUACAUCAACGCUUGGGCAGUUACUCAUUGUCUAAUUUUGACGAUUUGUAUGAACUUUCUGUUCUUGAAAAUUCAUUUUAUGAUCAAAUUUUCCGUUGGACUACUCAUUUGUAUUUUUUACUUAUGGUUGGUACUAUUAGGAGCUUCAACAGUCUUCACGGAAAGUUCAUCGACAAAUCUAGGUCUAGAUGCUCAAGUGGCUCAUGUGAUGGCGCUCUUCUUCACUUUUAUCACAAUUCAUCUCGUUGAUCGUCAAUCAGAGUACAUUUCCAGGAUAGAUUACAAUUGGAAGCAGCAAUUGUUGCGGAAACAACGAGAAGCCGAACUCACGAAAGAUACCAACAAUUUCUUGGUACACAACAUUUUACCAGCUCAUGUGGCUGAAAUUUACAUCAAUCAGAAGCAGAGAGAUGAACUCUAUCAUGAGGAAUUUGACGAUGUGGCUGUAAUGUUUGCCACAAUCACCAACUUCAACUUUCAGGCUGAUGCUCUUAACAUCUUGAACGGGAUAAUCUGUGAUUUCGACGAGCGUCUUCUGAUGAAACAGCGAACUGUCCAUAUUGAAAAGAUUAAAGUAGCUGGAUGGACAUAUAUGGCAGCCUGUGGAUUGCAAUCUCGUUGGGGAGAUUCUUCCUCGACAAUUGGGGGACAACCAGAGCUUGGAGUCAGAGUAUCAGACGGGAGGAGAAAAUACACUUUUGGCCGGGAAUCUGAUAACAAUACAGUCAGGAAGGUAAAGAGAAAGCUCACUAAAAUCACAGAUCCUGUGUAUGUUCUGACGGAAUUUGCUCUGGAACUCAUGGAAGCCCUCAGGAACUUCAAUGAAGAAAACUUCAGUGCAUUCAAUGAGAGACAACUGCGAAUUGGGAUUUCAAAUGGGGAAAUAAUGGCUGGAGUUGUAGGUUCCAGUAAGCCCCUGUACGACAUUUGGGGCGAUGCUGUGAAUAUGGCAUCAAGAAUGGACUCAACAGGACAACCAGGCAAGAUUCAAGUGACCCCAAAUACAGCACAGAGACUGAAAAACCUUGGAGUUCAGUGUGAAUGUCGUGGAUUCAGAGAAAUCAAGGGAGCUGGUCAGAUUCUAACGUACUUUGUGGGUGUGGAUGAUGAUCUUAAAUUGAUAUCUGAAGAGGACAAUGAGCAAGAAGUGACAGAAUUGUAGUGAAUUGCAGUGAUCCCAGAAAAAAAAGUAAAAUUGUUUUGUGUGAAAA